AAGCCUAACCUGUGUUCCAACCCUAACCCUAGUUAAAAUCCAAUUGCUCAACCCCUUCUAUUUCUUACACUUUUCUUCCUGAUCUUUCUGCAAACAAACCUUUAUGAUCAUGAACAAUCACCAUUUCACUCAACAAACCCUUAUUACAAUCAAUCUCAGCUAACCUUUCCCACUGACCCAAUUUCUGUAAAUCCCCAAACCCAUAAUGCUAUUGAAUCUCAAACCCCUAAAUUCAUUCACCAUAGCCACCAUGUUAGGUUUCUCUCUCCUCAUCUUCUUCUGUUACAUCCUCUUCAAUUUCCCAUCUGCCACCACAUCCCAGAUCCCAAUUCCCAAAAGUCAAAGUCAAAGUCAACUCCAAACACCCCCCCAAUCUGACCCAUUCAAGAACCUGUUGGGUGCUUUCAAGAAGUGGGAUUUGGAAGUGGGUUGUGCUAAUUUUAAGCAAAAACAUGUGGGUUUGGUGAAAAGAGAUGUAAAGUUGUCAUCUUUGCAGGUGGGUGUGGGUGUGGGUGAAGAUCAAUGUGGUGAGUUGAAGAUGGAUCAUGUGGGUGUGUUGGUUAAAGGGUGGACUUGGAUUCCUGAUAAUUUGGAUAAUUUGUAUUCGUGUCGAUGCGGGUUGAGUUGUUUGUGGACUAAAUCUUCUGUUAUGGUUGAUAAACCGGAUGCAGUGUUUUUCGAGACCACCACACCGCCUUUUCGGAGACGCACUGGAGAUCCACUUCGAGUGUACAUGGAUCUUGAGGCGGGCAGAAAAAAAUCCGGUUUCGAAGACAUUUUCAUCAGUUAUCAUGCCAAAGAUGAUGUUCAGUCAACUUAUGCCGGUGGCCUCUUUCACAAUAAUCGUAAUUAUCAUCUUUCUCCCUCUAAAAACAACGAUACCCUCGUGUAUUGGUCUUCAUCACGCUGCUUACCUCAAAGAAACCAGCUUGCAAAGCGCAUACUCAGCUUGCUGCCACAUCAUUCAUUCGGUAAAUGUUUAAACAACAUGGGCGGUCUGGAUAUGGCCCUAUCUCUAUACCCCGAGUGUGCAAAAGACCCUAACGCAUCACCUCAAUGGUGGGACCAUCUACACUGCGCCAUGUCACACUACAAGUUCGUUUUAGCAAUCGAAAACACCUACACCGAGAGUUACGUAACCGAGAAGUUGUUUUACGCGUUGGAUUCAGGGGCGGUCCCUAUAUAUUUCGGUGCACCAAAUGUGAUGGAUUUUGUACCUCCACAUUCGAUUAUUGACGGCACCAAGUUUAAGUCCAUGGAGGAACUCGCUGAUUAUGUGAAGGCACUUGCGAAUGAUCCGGUAGCUUAUGCGGAGUAUCAUGCUUGGAGACGGUGUGGUGUGUUGGGUAACUAUGGGCUUACACGGGCCGCCAGCCUGGACACGUUGCCAUGUCGCCUCUGCGAAGCCGUUAGCCGAAGAGGUGGCCGAGAUGCUACAGGUUUCUGAUAACUUGUUGAGUGGGUGUAAAGAUAAUUCAUAUAGAGUUUUUAGGCAGAAAAUAUCAGACAAUAAGAGUUUGGUAUUAAGAACUCCAGUUUUGAGUCCAUUUGCUGUGUUAUAUAGAAAUUUCUGAUUUAGAUUUGGGCAGAACAAACAGUGUACAAAACUUGAGAUAAUCCUAUCUUGUUUGAGGCAACAAUUUGUUUCUUGAUUGUGAAAACUUAAA